CACUUAUCACAUUGUUGACCGUUCAAGGUUACGCGGCAGCGUUUAAUUUUGAUCAAAAUAAUCCUUCCUUAUCUAUAUUUACACGUUGUUUUAUCAUUCUGAUGUAACAGUAAUAAUCUUUCUAUCGCAAACCCAUUUAGAAACCGAUAAUACGUAUUAAGUAUUACGUAUAGGUUGUACUCCGUUAUCAUUACAGUGUGCACCGGCGUGUAACUUUCAAAAUGGUCAAAGCUGUGGCAGUGUUGACCAUCAGUGACACCUGCUUCAAAGACAACUCCGAGGACACAUCCGGGCCUGCACUAGCUGCUUUUGCAAAAGAGUUAUUCCCCAAGGCCAACUUACACAAAAUCAUCAUCCCGGAUGAAAGGGAGAUCAUUGAAAAAGAGCUUAAGUACUUCUGUGAUGAAGCACAUGUAAACCUAGUUUUAACAACAGGAGGGACUGGGUUUAGUUCUAGAGAUGUGACCCCUGAGGCUUCUAAGGCUGUGAUCCAUAGAGACGCACCUGCUAUUACAGCAGCUAUAACUCAGGUGAGUCUAGAGAAAACUCCAAUGGCAAUGCUGUCUAGAGCAGUAGCUGGUAUAAGAGACAGAACACUAAUCAUUAAUUUUCCUGGCAGCAAAAAGGCUGUUACUGAAUGUUUUGAAGUUGUAAAGCCUGUUUUAAGCCAUGCUUUAGCUCUGAUCAAUGACGAGUUACAGGAAGUAAGAACUAUCCAUGAUUCCAUGCAGUUCAACUCCUGUUCUCAUGGUCAUAAAACUAGUAAUGUGGAUUUGGGUAAAGUAGCAUUCAGAGCCCGGGAAUCCCCAUUCCCGAUGUUAGAAAUGAAGGAGGCGUUCCAAACUGUGGACAAUGUGAUGCGGGGGUGGGUUCAUGUUUUGGAGAUAGUGCCAAUUGAGAAGGCUCUGGGCAGAGUGGUGGCCGAGUCUUUGUGUACUAAGGAACCUAUGCCACCAUUCCCUGCAUCAGUUAAAGAUGGUUACGCAGUGCUAAGUUGCGACGGGGCCGGCGUUCGCACGGUGCGCACGGCGCUGACGGCGGGCGAGGCGCCGACGGCGCCGUUAGCCCCCGGACAGUGCGCGCGCGUUAACACCGGCGCGGCGUUGCCCGCUGGAGCGGAUGCUGUCGUACAGGUGGAAGACACUAAAUUAGUGUCAGCAUCAGAAGACGGUGAUACGGAGUUGGAAGUGGAAAUCAUGGUUGCGCCGCCGGCGGGCCAAGACGUGCGGCCCAUCGGCUUCGACAUACCCAUGGGGGCUGAGCUCGUCAAAAAAGUAUCUGUUCUGGAUGCCGGGCACGUUGGGAUCUUGGCGGGAGCCGGCCAUCUGAAUGUUACUGUCAAAGCACACCCAAAGGUGGCGCUACUGUCGACGGGCAAUGAACUACAGGAACCCUCGGAGGCGAAACUGAAACCAGCGCACAUCAGGGACUCCAACAGAACUAUGCUCAGAGUUCUACUUCGGGAGCACGGCUACGACACCAUAGACUGUGGCAUCGCGAAGGACGAGCCGGCGCAGUUAGCAACCGCACUAGCGGGCGCCAUGGCUCGCGCGAACCUGGUCGUGUGCUCGGGCGGCGUGUCCAUGGGCGAGCGGGACCUGCUGAAGCCGGUGCUGCUCAAGGACUUCGGCGCGACGCUGCAUUUCGGGCGCGUGCGCAUGAAGCCGGGCAAACCGAGCACCUUCGCCACCUGCCACUUCAACGGACGCACCAAGUACAUCUUCGCACUGCCCGGUAACCCGGUGUCAGCGUAUGUGUGCUGCCUGCUGUUCGUGAUUCGAGCCCUCAAGGUGUGCAGCGGCCGCAACCCCGAGUGGCCGCGACUGCGCGUGCGACUGUCGGCCGCCGCCAAGCUGGACCCGCGGCCCGAGUUCGCCCGCGCCACGCUCGCCUACCCCGACAACGAUAUACCCACCGCCACGCUGCUCGGCAGCCAGUGCAGCAGCAGACUGCUAAGCGCGUGCGGCGCGGGCGUGCUGCUGCAGCUGCCGGGCGCCUCGGACGCCGCCGCGCAGCUGCCCGCCGGCACCGUCGUCCCCGCGCUCGUCAUCGGCCGCCUCGACCUGCCCUAGAUACGAAGCUAUUCUGCCAUUC